UCUGUUUGACAUAGAUUGUUUACAUCGCAUACCAUAGAAAUCACAGAAAAAUAGAAAAAAAUGAACAAAAAAUAGCAUAUUCUCAUAAUAAUUCCAAGAUUGUUUACAUCGCAUACCAUAGAAAUCACAGAAAAAUAGAAAAAAAUUAACAAAAAAUAGCAUAUUCUCAUAAUAAUUCCAAGAACUAUAUAGAAGUAAAUGGACUAAAAGAGAAAUAAACUACAUAAUCCAGGUAGAAACAAGAUAUGUCUGGAUCUCUGUCUGUUGUGUCAUUUGAGGGAGAACUCAAUGCCAUUGUACAAGAGUACCUGGAGUUUGUGACAUUUGACAAGACGUUGGUAUCUUUCCAGAAAGAAUGCGAAACAAAGCAGAAACCUAUCACUACAGAGAGUAUAAAGUCUAAAUCAAACCAGAAAUUACUGGCUAUACAGAAUGAAUUGAUGCAAAAUUUCCAUAAAGGAAAGAGAGACAGAUUUCUGAAGUUAUGGAGUGAAAAUUUGGCAGCCUCUGUCAAAGACCAGGACCCAGUGGCAAAGAAACUAGAAUUUUAUGUCAAUAUAUAUUUUGCUGUGUAUCCAAUAAAGUUUGCAAGAGGUCAGAGAGAUGCUGACAGAGCUAUGGGAGAUUUUAAGAAGUACUUAGAAACCCGAGGUGCUACACUGAGUCAGACAACAGAGUUUUUACCAUACUAUGCUUUACCAUUUGUACCCAAUGCCAAGGGACAUCCUGUGUAUAAAGAAUUGUUCACAGUUGGACAUUAAAAGGAUUUAGAGUUAAGACUGGAAAAGUUCCUGACAUUAACUCUGAAGUCAACACCACAACCAAAACUUUUCGAUCUUUAUAGAGGAAAUAAAGUUGGCGAUGAAAAUGAGCAAUUUCAACAGAUAUCCCGAUUACAGCAGCAGUUAGUCGACUCUGAAAGAAAGACCAUGUCAUACAUAAAACGACACAACCGUGUACAGGUACCUCUAACACUCAAUCCUUACUGGUCUAACAUGCAUGAACAUUAUCAACAAUACAUAAUUUCAUUUCAGAUUUCUCCUGAUUAUCUCCAAGAGAUUUGCUCUCGACUAUUUAGUGGACAUAUGCAGAAUUCAGUUGAUUUCACACGACCUGGUACAGCUAGUCAAAUGCUUCGUCAGUCAAUGGCUCUAACGAGUAAUCUGCAAGAGCCUGAGACAUAUACUGCCUAAGAUUAUGAAAAAAUCAAAUAUGAAAUGGCCAAUGCUGAAGUGAGAAGGAAGGUUUUACUUCUACAGGCUAUAAGAUGGAGGUUAACACAGUCAAAUCCACAACAGAGAGACUCUUCUAUGACUACUUACAGAGAUAAUGAUUUGUUAGGCUGUUCUGUGGCUGGGACACACAGGGAUGCAGUGCUUGCCUUAUUGACAUCUAGUGAUGAACUUGUAAAAGAAGGAGCUGCCAGAUUAUUUAAUGCUUUUGCUUCUCUUUGUGCAGGUAGAACCUAUCUUGCCCAGAACCAAGAUUUAUUCAAAACUUUGUUAGAUAAUUUACGAGGUGAAGAAAAAGAAUCAGUCACAAGAGAAAUGGUACUUGGAGCUUUACAGAAACUCUCUUUAAGGAGAAACUUACAGACAGCCAUGAUAGAAGCAGGUUUAAUAGAAUGGCUGGUAAAGGUUCUUGAAGACAACGAUUCUUUAUCUGAUUACACGCUGGAGUACUCUGUUGCUUUGUUCAUGAAUCUCUGUCUCAGGACCUCUGGGAAAAAACGCUGCGUCCAAAAUGCUGACCAGACUUUAAAAGUCCUUAGUGAUUUACUAGGGCAUGAAAAUCAAGAAAUCCGUCCCUAUGUCAAUGGUGCCUUAUACAGCAUUUUAGCUGUUCCGUCCCUCAGAGAUGAAGCUAAUGCAAUGGGAAUGGAAGAAAUUCUCCGUUGUUUUAUUAAAGAGGACCAGCCUGAUAUGAAUAGACAGAUAGAAUUUAUAAUCAAGCAGCUGAAUUCAAUAGAGACCGUGGAUGAAUAUGAUUCUGAUGAUGAGGAAGAGGAGGAAGAAGAGGAAGACCAAGAUGCCAUGGAACUGGACAUAGACAAAGAUGAAUCAUUUAAACCAGAAGAUAACGAAAUGUCUGGAGAAAAACUACUGACCACAGAAUAUCUAGCAGCAAAAACUAGACCAAUCAGACACAAGAAAAAGCAUACAGAUUUAGUAAUGGCCAAUGAGUUAUUACAAAGACCUGUUACACCUAGUCAAAGAAGAGCUGAGAAUCAACCAUCAGGAACACAGUAUGUAUAUUAA